AAAAUCGCGCUUGCCUAGCUUCUUCUUAUGCCUGCUCCAACGUUCUGUGUAAUGUUUUCCAUCCGAUCAUUUCUUCAGUCAUAACAGACGGUAUAUUCAGUAAAAAGUGGCGGAUUGUAUACAUCUCUAUCCAAUACGCUCGUUGAGUAGAAUUGCGCAAUCGCGUAAUUCAGGGUAAACUGGCAUUGGAAAAUGUCUAAAUUUGCAACGGUUAUGACUUAUUGAUGCUGUUUUGGUAUUUAAAAUUGCAGAAUAUUCAUGAGUAGCCUACUCACAGGCGUUGCACAAUUCCAGCUGGUAGCCUAGCUCGCGAUUAGAGCAAUGCAAAUCGUUCCGACAGCACAAAAAAAAAAAAAGAGAAAAGAAACACCAGUUAAAUACGCCCGAAGACCAUUAUCUGUAUUUCAGUACCGUGAACACUAGGGCUUACGCCUCUCAUACUCUUCCCGGUGGAGACUUCAUCAGUAGGCAGCUGUUUGUACUUGGGAAUCAAGCAACCAUGGUGGAUAAUGAAGUUUUUGCGUGUUUCGUUUUCUACAGCACGCUUCUUAUACUUAAAAUGUACAUCCUUGCAAUUAUUACGGGGCAACAACGACUUCAUCGAAAGGCGUUCUGUAACCCUGAAGAUGCCAUGAGACACGGAGGACUUCAGUACCACAGAGAAGAUCCCGAUGUUGAGCGAAGUAGGAGGGCCCAUCGAAAUGACAUGGAGAACAUCUUCCCUUUCUUGUUUCUGGGUGCAGUGUAUUCCAUAACCGAACCCACUUUACUUAUUGCCCGAGUUCAUUUCCAAGUCUUCUUUCUUGCACGAAUUAUGCACACUGUUGCAUAUUUGUUUGCCCUGAAAGCCCCUACUCGCUCUGUUUCUUACACAAUCGGCCAGGUGUCCUGCCUUUCCAUGCUAGUGCAGAUCCUCCUCACUGUGGGUUCACACUGGUGAAAUUAUGUCAGCAGCACCCAAUAUCAGGGACAUUGGUUCGCAAUUUUGAAUGCAUAGCAGGACAACAAAUGAAAAAUGUGCUCUGUGUUCUAUUUGUCAUGCUAUUUUAUAAUGUUCCUUAGUUGUCAUCUAUACAAGAUGUCAGUAUUUGAAGAAGACAAAGCCCUUGAAUUCACACAUGAAGGUUUUUAUAAAGGUUCUUGCCCCCCCUCCCAUAUUAAAGUUCAGCAAAUCAAAGGAUUUAAAAAACUAUUAAUUAAACUUGCAUUCAUUAGCCAACAAGCUAUUUGUGAAGGUGAAUAAGUGAAUUUUAAUUUACAUAUGUUUGCAGGGAACAUUUUAUGUAAAUUUAUCAUUUUGUUUCAUCACUACUUAUCACGGUAGCAUGACAGUGUUUGCUGUGACCUACCCAUCGCUCUGUAUUCAAACAGGAUGUGAAACUUGUUUUAAAUGACCUGACUGAGCUGGUCAAAUAUGGGACUGGGCUGGAAUUUAGACAGCUCAGUGUGAAGGGCCUGCUGGAGCGCAGUGAAUGUUGUGAUGUGUGCUUUUGUCUUGUUCAGGCUUGAUUGCUGCCGUGCCCUUCAGGGAAGGUUUUCUGUUGGCUUCUGAAGCGACUGCUUUAUGACCAGGGUUAUGCAGUGUCUGAAAGGCACUUUAUAGGAGGUAUUUUUAAGCUUUACAGUUGAUGCACAGGGUGCCAUUUACUGGAAUGAACCGUAACAUUUGUAGAUACACUGUUUAUCAGUUAUCAACCUGUUACCCAUACGUAUAAUGAUAUUACUUUGUGCUGAUACAGUUUUGUUAAUCAAACAUCGUAGCAUAACAAUAGAACUUUAAAGCAUUUUGAAGAUCCUGAAUGUGUUUCUUAAUGUGUUAUAUACAUCCUGAAUGUGUUUUGGUGUAGAAAAAUAGCUUUUAAUAGAGAGGAUUAUUUCCUUUCAUUAAUAUGUGGCUAUGUACAAUUACAGAAGAAAAAGGAUGAAAAAAAGAUUCACACUUGAAAGGAAAAAUAAGAUUAAUAUAUUUGUGAUAAAGAACAGUUUUUACUUAUAAAAAUAUUUAUAGAAUGUUUAUUUUUAUUUUAUAAUGACAAACUGUUGUCAAUAGGAAAGAGUCAGUGAGAUGCAGUAUUGAAAAGGUGUUGGGAUGUAUCUAAAAUGAUUUGUAAGUUGAAGAUGAGCACUGUAUUGUGGGUUUCUCUCAGUGGGUUGGUACUGUGGGGUCUAGAACAAUAUACUUGAGAGAGCAUGAUGAAACCAUGUGACGCCGCAUUGCCUAAAUUAAUCAUUGAUUUGUAACCUAGUGCAGUAUUCAUUUCUUAUGUAUUUCAUGUUAUCAUUCUGCUAUUUGACACAUUUUCUUUUUCAAUGUAAUUUGCAUGGAGGUAGGAUUGGAUUAGGUAUUAACUGAUAUUAUUAAGAAUAAUUAUUUUAAUAAAGCUUAUUGCUUUUUGCUUGUUUUAUCAAGGAAUGCAAAAAAUGUACCUAUGGAAUUACAGAAUUUAGAAGAAACCUUGAUUAACUUAACAAAAUAUUUAUUUUACUACUGUUGCGACUGCUUUUAUUUUAUUUCCAUUAACUUCUGCUUCAACAAGUAAUUAAUUCUACAAAUAAUUGCUUCUGUUUUAUGAGACACAUGCAAUACUGUCCUCUUAUCUAUGUUUCUUAAAGAUGGAAAGAUAUUUAGGAAUAAUUAUUUCUUCUCAUAUGUCUAGUUGCUUAAUAUGGUGGAAUAUUGUCAAGUUGUAGAGGACAUAUUAAAAGUAAUAGGAAAUGUUUUAUUUCCUGGUUUAUAGAUCAAAGGUGUGAAACACAAAAGAUAUUGUAUAUGUGAGGCAAUCCAUCAGCAAAUGUAAGCUUGCAUUUCAGAUAUAUCUCUGAAUGGAAAAGCUAGGCAUAGUAUUGAGCCAAUGCGAUAUUCUGUUUCGUGUGUUUAAAUGUAUGAGCCAAGGUCAUCUGCUGGUAUGCAGAAGGAAUUUAAGAAUCCAUCCUGUUUGUACCUUCCAGCUCCUGAAUAGCCCUUUGAGAAAAGUCUGUACCUGUGUGGUAAAAUCAAAAAAGGGAGAGUGGUCAGCCUUUUUCUUCUCAUUAAGGCACACCUUUCUACUUUUGACAAUGUUUAUACUAUUCUAAUAGCUUAGCUUUAUGUUAAAUUAAAGUAUGUUUUAGCAUUAAAUCGACUUAACUUUGAGUUUUCAAGUGUCAUUGUUAUUAUAAUUUUUCAGGAGUUAUCUAGUGAAGCAGGAGGAUCUGCUUUCCAAUGCUGGAGAGAUGUUAUGUGCUAGGCCCAAGGCCCAGAUUGCAGUCCUUUACAUAUCCAGGGCUUUAUUCCAGCAUUCUUCCCUGAGUUACAUAAAGGCCUCUGGACUGUACCCGAGGGGCUGGAAAGGGGAAGAGCCAAACAUGGGUUGUUUAUUUUACUGCUAAGACUUCAGUGAAAAUGAACUCUCUCUCUCACACACACACACACACACACACACUCUCACUCCUCUCUCACACACACACACUCUCACUCCUCUAUCUCACACACACACUCAUUCCUCUCUCUCUCUUUCUCUCUCCCACACAUACAUACAAAGCCUGUCUUUACCAUCAAAACCAAAAGCGUAAUUAUUAGUAUUAUCCUUACGCUUUAAUGUAAACGGUUUAGUGUUUGGUUUAAUGAAGGUGACUACCUGUUUUAACUUGUCUUCUGCUUACAAGGGAAAAUUUAAAAUGCUCUCGUCCACAGACACGCAAUACUCUUUGUGGAAGAGAGAUUACCCUGCUUCUGCCUAUAUAUUCCCUUCUCACGGGAUGAGUGCAAUGUAAUGUGAAGUAAAGCUUUCAAUUCUCUGCUGCCACUUCCUGUCUGUCCUGAGCUUAUGUUUCCUUGCGAAUGUAGUGAUUUAAUAAUCUCUACUUCUAUAUAAUAAAUUAUGCUUUGGUCACAUA